GGCCUCUGAUUGGCCGAGAGUGAAAUGGGAGGGACACAUUUCUCAAGCUGAUGCUCUGGAGAAACUUUUGUGUCCCGAAAGUGUAGCAGACAGUCUGACUUUCCAGCACAAAGACACAGUCCAGUGGACAGCACAAUCCAUCAGCUGCAGCAGAGACCUGAAACACCGUCAUCAUGUCCAGCAAGCGAGCGAAGGGAAAGACCACUAAGAAGAGGCCACAGAGAGCCACUUCAAACGUGUUUGCCAUGUUUGACCAGUCACAGAUCCAGGAGUUCAAGGAGGCCUUCAACAUGAUCGACCAGAACCGAGACGGAUUCAUCGAUAAAGAGGAUCUCCAUGACAUGCUGGCCUCUUUGGGGAAGAACCCGUCUGAUGAUUACCUGGAGGGCAUGAUGAGCGAAGCUCCAGGGCCCAUCAACUUCACCAUGUUCCUCACCAUGUUUGGAGAACGGCUCAACGGAACCGACCCGGAGGACGUCAUCAGGAACGCUUUCGCCUGCUUCGACGAGGAAGGAUCCGGUUUAAUUCAUGAAGACCACCUGCGAGAGCUGCUGACCACCAUGGGAGAUCGUUUCACAGAUGAAGAUGUGGACGAGCUCUUCAGAGAGGCUCCCAUUGACAAAAAGGGCAACUUUAACUACGGCGAAUUCACCCGGAUUCUCAAACACGGGGCCAAAGAUAAAGACGACAUGUAGACGAUCAGAGAGCAUCAGCCGCAGCUGCACAGCGCAUUACAAACACACGAUCAGCAUCUAGAAGUCAAAGAAAAACACAUUUCGUGUCACAAAUAUUCCAUGGUCUAUAAAAGAAGUCUUUUUUUUCUCUAAAUGCAUUCGAUACAACCAGGUUGCAUUGCUAACAAUCUGUGCAGCGUGUAUUUUGUGUUUUUAUGGGGGACUACAGUAUAAAGCAAUGUACUCUGCAGCUGCGGCUGGACGUCUUUGAGUUCGGAAUCUGUGCAACUCCGAAAUGAAACUACUACAUUGGAAAUGCCAUAAACCUGUAGAAAAGGUUAUUUUUACGUGUGUAUUUAAAAGGAUUAUCAGUAUCUCCCCCUCACGGAGCAAUAUGAUCAGAUAUCAAAAACAUUAUGGGUAUUUUGAAGUCAUUAAUGGAAGUACAGAACGACAGAUUCCUUAAGGUCACCUUCAUUUUUCAAACUGAUAUUCUCCUGAUAACUCUGAGACGCAGACUUUGGAAUAUGUUGAUUUUUUUGGUGGUACUGCUACUUGUAUUUUCCCAUUAAACCCUGUGAAUAUCUGGCUUAUAAAAUGUGUAUUUACAUGUGGCAAACUACAGUGAAUUCUCAAAAUCAUUUCUGUGCAUGCAUAAGUCAACAGUACUCAUUUCUGGACAUUUGCUCUGUAAAAUAAAGCAAUUUCCAUUACUCCACAACAUUACUACAAAUCUAUGAAAAACAAAGCUUUAUUUCUCUGUAAUGCUUGUACAAAAGGACAUCAAAUCAAAUAAAAU